AUCCAAUGGAUGUGGUUUGCCUGUCAAACGCGUAGACGUCGAACCGAUAUUUUUUUUCAGAGUCGUUAUCUGCUUUCGUCGCGGCACGGGACGUUGGCGCAGCCAAAAAUGCGUCCUCCUUGGGUAAGGUUUCCGAGAUUCAGGCCGAUCUUGACUGCAAAGGAUUGCCAUGUGCAGAGUGAUCGAUUUGAUGGCUUGGAUGUCAUGUAACCUUGUGUGGAUGAUGACAGCGUGAACACAUUUUUGCCAGGGGCCAGAAACAUAACAUGUAGCAGUGGACCAAGAACAAACAAAGAUUGGAAAAUAGUAAAACAAGGAAUGGUUCGACGUGGCUUAAUAUUCUUUGUACGAAUAUUUACAAAAAUUGCUUGAGAUGAUCAGUUGCCAUACCAGUUCUUUAAUGUGAAUAACUGUUGGCUGGUUGCUUAAGAAACAGCUUGUAAUUAAGGCUCAGCUUGUUCCACCAAGCAGAAGGGAAAAAACCAAAGGCAUACUUUUUAUUUGCUACGUAACUCUCUUCAUAAACAGAUGAACAGAGAAGGCUUAUGCCAGAGCGAUAGAACGCUACAGCCAGAUAUGCCAAUACGUAAGAAGCAACUCUUGUGAAGUGGCUUGGGCUCAAGAGGCCUGCCAACCCACAAUGAGAGCCAUUGUCUCUAUGGUCCUAGCCACUCUGCUUUAUGGGAUAAGUUCGGCUCCCAUUAAUGCUAGCAGAAUAUGUGCUAGUCGAAUGAGAAAUAAUGACACUGUCGUUGCUCUGAAACAACAUGGUAUAUCCCACAGUGCAUCAGAUGAUGAUUUGGCUUUAGGACAGGGUGACAACAGCGUUAAACAUGAGAAAUGUAAUAAUUUUUGCUAUGCUCUGUGGAGGGAAGAUAAGACGGCAAAUGGUAGUCAGAUUACUAUUUUAUUGCAAGGAUGCUGGAAACAAUCUGGUGAGCAAAAAUGCGAGAACACAGAGUGCAUGGCUUUACAGCACUCGACAAAAGCAAUGAACAACACGAAGUUUUGCUGUUGUCAAGGAGAUCUCUGCAACCUGAACAUCACCGACACACCUGAGGUGUCUUACACGGACAAUAAGCUGCUUCAGCCUAAUCCUGCCAGUAAUGAUGAACUAAAUGCAAUCCUGACAGAGUAUGUGGAGCAGUUGGAAUCGGAGCGCUGGCUGCUUGUUGUGAUAAUAACAUUGGUGUGCACAUUGCUGGUCCUGGGAACCAUAUUUAUGGUUAUUUAUAAAGUAUGUAAUAACAAUAUCUUUACAAUGCUGAGGAAGCCCUUGUCAUAUAACGAUCAUCUGAUGGAGAGUACAGCUUUGAGAACAGGAACUUAUACGGUUGACCACUUAAAGCUAACUAAUAUCGUGGGUCAAGGAAGGUAUGGAUCGGUGUGGCAAGGCAGUAUGGGAGAUCAAGACGUAGCUGUUAAAAUAUUCCCUUCUCAUUAUCGCAACUACUUUCAAAAUGAGAGGGACACGUAUUGUCUGCCAUUCAUGGAGCAUCCAUCGUUACUAAGUUAUUACGGUGUGGAUGAGCGAAUAAGCAUGGACAGCAGUGUCGAAUAUCUUUUAGUACUGAGUUUUGCACCUGGUGGUACAUUAACAGAUUUCUUACGUUCUCACACGAUCGACUGGUUGUCCUUUUGUAAAAUGGGCCUGUCUAUUAUAAAAGGUCUGGCUUAUCUGCACACCGAUAUGCGUAAAGGAGAUAAAUUCAAGCCAUGUGUCGCGCACAGGGAUAUAAACUCUAGGAAUAUUCUUAUAAAAGCCGAUGGCACCUGCUGCAUCUGUGAUCUUGGACUUGCGGUGCAAAUCUCUGGGUCAAAGUAUUAUAGUAACGGAGAGGAGCAACAUGCUGAAACGAAAUCGAUUAAUGAUGUGGGUACCUUAAGAUACAUGGCGCCAGAAGUGCUCGAAGGAGCAGUUAAUCUACGCGAUUGCGAGAGUUCUUUGAAGCAAAUUGACGUUUAUGCAAUGGGAUUAGUUCUAUGGGAAUUAGUGUCACGUUGUUCAGAUAUUUAUGUUCCUGGAUCAGAAGUACCAGCCUAUAAGCAGCCCUUUGAAAAUGAGAUCGGGCUUCAUCCGACGUUCGAGCAAAUGCAAGUUUUGGUUUCACGUAACAAAGCUAGACCUAUUUUGGAGGGGAACCUGGUUGAUAAACCAGGUGUGAGAUUAAUCAAAGAAACAAUGGAAGAUUGUUGGGACUCGGAUGCUGAGGCUCGUCUAACUGCACUUUGUAUAGAAGAACGUCUCACUGAACUUCAGUCUCACCGUGUAAUUAUGUAUUUUACCGAUGGAAGUCCAGUGGUUAACUCCCACUGCGGACUAAUACCAUCGACAACGAACAGCCUGUACAGCGAAGGUCCCCCUCAUCAUGAUAAUGCCCAUGCUGUUCAGCUGGCACUUCAUAUAAUGCAUGAUGCAUCCAGCACCGAUGGAAUGGUAGACAACCUUGUAACACUGUCUCCAACAGACAGUGUCCCUCACGAACAUAGUUUUAAAAACUCGAACGAAGUAGCGCCGUGCAACCACGCUCAGACGCUACAGCCUUAUCAGGGAAGGAACCCUUGCAUGGAGAGGAACUUAAUGUCCCAGUCGGACUCUUUGGAGGACCUGAGCUCCAACGGGAAGGUACUGGUAGACAAGUCCUCGAAGCACACGACCAAUGAACAAUUCCGCCUUCCCAGUGAAGCCCAGGGUCUGGUGUCUCACGAUUAUUUGAGUCAGCAUGCGACCCAACUGACCCAGCUAAGGCCAGCAACGCCCAUUCCUUACGUGCAGAAUGUCAUCUCGGAAAACGGGGUGCCUAUAUACACCAAAAGGAAGCAGACCAAUAUUCCCGAGACGUGCUGUCCCCAGGAAAGUCCUCGAAAGAGACGGUUCUCCGGCUGGUCGAACCUGAAGCGUUUGCUGGUCCACAAGAAGAUGUACACUUAUGGAAAGUGCCAGAUCGACCGGGAGGACUCGAAGUCGAAUCUCCUGUCGAGGCAGAACGUCCAGAUCAAGACCGUGGAUACGAAUGUGACGAUAUCCCCAGGUGGGAAAUAUGUAAACGGCAUCGUAGGCAAGAGUUCGACCUCGGGGCCCAUUGCACCAAGAAACGAGAAGAACCUGUCCAGCCAGGGUGUCGUUCAUCAGCAGAAACAGGAGAACGAAGAGAUAUCCAGUGUAAGGCCUUCUACCCUGCCCUUGGUAAAUCUGAGGAAUAUGAGGAAGAGCGAGAACAACCUCACCAGACAGGAGAGCAUCGAUAAGUUCAACGAGGUGUUUAAUGUGGGAUCCAGCACGAACGCCCUGAAGGACCCAAACAUGAGGAUAAAGACUCCUGGUGACUUGCCUCCAUCCGUUAGGAAGAUGAGGGGAAGGGCACGUUCCACCGCUAGAUUUUCCCUGUAUGACGAUCGCAUGAUGUGCAAUAUACUGAGCGAGGAGGAUGACAGGGCUGGAGAUAGGACGACCUCAAAUUCGGUGCCUUUUGGCAUGGACCUCGAUAUCGAGGGCAAAGCUUCUACGCCAAACUUUGGAUGCAAGAACGUUACUUGCUUUUAAUAAGAUGCAUUUCAUUGUGGUUUGAGUGUUCCGGUAUGAUGAAGUGAUGUGCAAUAUACUGAGCGAGGAGGAUGGGUGGGAAUAGGAUGACCUUGAAUUUGGUGCCUUUCGGCAUGGAUCUUAAUCUUGAUGAUAAUGAAAGCCUCUAUGUGGAAAUAUGGUGGCAGAGAUGAUAUUUGUAUUUAAAGUAGGAUGCAUUUUUUGUGGUCGAAAUGAAGUCAUGUGCAAAGUGCUGAGCGAAUAGAACAGGACUUGGGAUGACACGACCUUAAAUUUGAUGCAUUUUGAUAUACAGAUUGAUGUAGAAGAUGAAGUUUGCCUGUGCAGUUUUGAUGGAAAUCGUAUCGUCUCAAAGUAUAUGUUAAAACGCAUUUUUAUCAUGAAAUGUUUUACAUCACAUCAUGACUGUAGAAGUCCUAAUACAGAGGAUCCAGUUCACAGAGGAGUGCUGCACUUUUUGAGCAGCAUGAUAAUUAUACAUUAGUAACUGCAGGAAGUAUGUUAAACAAUGAAUAACAAUGAAUGCAGGUUAGGUAACCUGAUUUGCUGGCAUAAUCAAUAAAUAAUGUCAUGAACACUUUAAAGAUUAAAAAUCCAAGUGAGGCAUUGACAACCCAUUGGAAAAAGCGACAACAGUUGACUGUUGAUUUCACGAGCGAAAUAUUUUUCUGCUCCCUGAUAAUAAUUAAUUGAUACCAGUGAAAAUUCAAGUUGCGGUUAAAGAGUAUCUUGACGAUGAGAUCAAAUGAAACUGACAACCCACUCAGCUGGGCACCAUUAGGUAAGAAUCGUUGCCCAAUUAUCGAGUGUACAAAACUCUGUUUAUAGGUGUAGGAUUUUAUACUCAACUCAAUAAGUUGAAGGUGCAAUCGAUAGGAAGAGAUAAGCACAACAGGAAGACACACUGGAAAGAAACUGUAAAAAUAUUUUGUAUUUACUUUAUCAUACCUUUUGAAUUGUGUUCAUCGAUCACAAACUGUUUCUGCAAUUCAGGACCUGUGUAACUCUCAUUAUACUUUUUCUGCAUAUAAUGUUCUUUCUGUCUUUUAUGAAUGUGACUCGUUACAUAAAAAUUGGGUUUUAGUUUAAACACCAGCUUAAUUACGAAAUGAAAAUAAUUAUUAUGUAUCCUUUUAAAGAUGAACUCUCUUUUCUUUAAUUUUAAUAAAUU